GGGGUCUGUCUGCCAGUCGUCACGCUGCAGUCGGAAAGAAGGCUUCUAAUGCCACUGGGACCCCCUGAUGGAAGGGGUUUGGAUCAACCGCUACCAGAAGCAGCUGGUGAGGUCCAUCUCGUCGCAGUUCCUGGAAGAGAUCAUCUGCUACAUGAGGAAGCUGGAUCUCCUCAGUGCUGAGGAGGCAGGCCAGGUUCAGGAGGUGAGCUCCCUGUCGGAGCAGGUGAAGGCAGUCAUGGAUCUUCUGGCUGGAAAGGGCAGCUAUGCCUCUCAGUCCCUGCAGACUUACAUAGAGACAACCAACUCCCAGCUCUAUCUCCACAUCACCGUCUAUGACCCUAUGGUGCAAAAGCAUUUGGAAAGUCUCCAGAACCGCUAUGGAACUGGUGUGGAACUUGGGCAGCUGGAGAGGCUCACUAAUCUUCUGCUGGUGGAAGGCUUGACAGAUAUUCAGCAGAAAGAGCAUGAUGUCAUGCAGAUUGAGGCCACCAAAGGCAUGAGAAAUGUUGCCAAGAAAAUCCCCCUGGAGAAGCUCUUCCUACCUCUGUCUAAAGUCAGCAUUCCUCCUCGUAUCUCUGUGACCGUGGGCGUGGCUGGGAUCGGCAAAAGCACUUUGGUGAAACUGUUUGUUUGCAUGUGGGCCAAAGGGGAGGUCAAUAAGGACAUCAUAUUCGUGCUGCCUCUCACCUUCCGGGAACUGAACACUUAUGAGAAACUCUCUGCUGAGAGGCUCAUCCGGUCGGCAUUCCCUCAUAUCACUGAACCCAGCUUUAUCUCCAAUGGCACUGCCCGGAUUUUACUGAUUCUGGAUGGCUUGGAUGAGUUUAAGACUCCUUUAGAUUUUUCCAACACAGUCGUUUGCACGGACCCCAAAAAGGAAAUUCAAGUGGAUAGUCUGAUCACCAAUAUUAUCCGUGGCAACCUGUUCCAGGAAGCUUCCAUUUGGGUCACUUCACGGCCCACAGCAGCCAGCCAAAUCCCAGGUGGCCUAGUUGACCGGAUGACAGAAAUACGAGGUUUUGGAGCUGUGGAGAUCAAGGACUUCUUGGAUCAGAUGUUCCUUGAGAACAAAGACUUAUCCAGUCAAGUCUUGGGUCAGAUCAAGGCUAACAGAUCUUUGUACACAAUGUGUACGGUUCCUGCCUUUUGCUGGAUAUCUGGCUCCUCAAUGGGCUAUUUCCUAAAGAACAGCACUGAUCAAUCCCAAGAAAUGACAACUGUUCCUAAGACUUUAUCAGAAAUCUACUCCUAUUACUUUAAAAUGGCACUGAGUAGUGACUGGCAGGAAAAACAGAAGGAGACUCCCAGGAUAGAACAAGCUAUAAACAACAGCAAAAAAAUUAUUGGUAACCUGGGUCGGCUGGCAUUUUAUGGUCUGCUCAAGAAGAAGUACGUAUUUUACGAACAAGACAUGAAAGCCUAUGGCAUAGACCUCUCAUCACUACAAGGCAGCUUGUGCAGUAGGAUGUUACUCAAGGAAGAGAUGCAGUUUUCCACUGUCUACUAUUUCUCCCAUUUAACCCUUCAGGAGUUUUUGGCAGCCACUUAUUACUAUGCUUCAGCAAAGCGAGCAAUAUUUGAUCUCUUCACUGAGAGCGGGAUGUCCUGGCCUAAGUUUGGUUUCCUCAAUCACUUUAAGAACGCUGUCCAGAGAUCACUGCAGUCAGAGGACGGGCAGCUGGAUAUCUUUGUGCGCUUUCUCUCUGGACUUCUUUCCCCGCAGGUGAACAAAUUGCUGUCCGGUUGGCUCUUGAUAAAGGAUGAGCAUAACAGCUUCCGAAGCCACGUGAUCAGCUUUCUCCAGAGCUGCCUGAACACUGACUAUGUCAUCUCCUCCAGGACUGUGAACGUCAUGCAGUGCUUGUAUGAAGUGCAGCACAUGGAGCUGGCCAAGACUGUGGAGGAAGCUAUGAAAAACGAGAGCUUAGCUGGGAUGUUAACGCCAGUGAAUUGCUCUGCCCUGGCUUAUCUCCUGCAGGUCUCUGAGGUGUGCAUGGAGGAGACAAACCUCUCCAACUGCCUCACCUACAAUAUCUGCAAAAGUCUGCUUUCCCAGCUCCUCUUCUGCAGUAAUCUCCGGCUGGACAAUAACAAGUUUAAGGACAAUGUGAUGGAGCUGUUGGGCAGCGUGCUGAGCGGGAAGGAUUGUCAGAUUCAAAAGAUGAGCUUGGCAGAAAACCAGAUCAGUAACAAAGGGGCCAAAGCCCUCGCCAGAUCCCUGAUGGUCAACAGGAGCCUGACAGUACUUGACCUUCGCAGUAAUGCCAUCGGACCCACAGGGGCAAAAGCAUUGGCUGAUGCACUGAAAAUAAAUCAAGUCCUACUCUCCCUGAACCUCCAGAAUAACAUGAUCAAGGAAGAUGGUGCUAAAUUCCUGGCUGAGGCCCUUUUAACCAACCACAAGCUGACAACUUUGCACCUUCAGAAGAACUCCAUUGGACCCCAAGGUGCAAAGAAAAUAGCAGAAGCACUGAAGCAGAACAGGAAUCUCAGGGAACUGAUCCUCUCCAGUAACUGUGUGGGGGACACUGGCUCUGUAGCCUUGGCCGAAGCUCUGAGAGUGAAUCACAGUCUCACAACCCUGGACCUCCAGAGCAAUUCGAUCAGUAACACGGGGGUCACGGCGCUGAUAGGAGCGCUGCGCUCCAACCGGGGCCUCAUCAGCCUCAACCUUCGGGAGAAUUCCAUCGGCCAAGAGGGGGCGCCGGAGAUAGCCAACGCUCUGCGCGCUAACUGCACGCUGAGGAACCUAGACCUAGCGGCGAAUCUGUUGUAUGAUGAAGGCGUCAAGGCCAUUGCACUGGCGAUGAGAGAGAACCAGGCGCUCAUGUCCCUGCACCUGCAGUGGAACUUCAUCCAGUCGAAGGCGGCCAAGGCGCUGGCCCAAGCACUACACUCCAACACAAGCCUGACCAGCCUCGAUUUGCAGGAGAACGCUAUUGGCGAUGAAGGCAUGAUCGCCCUCGCUGCUGCUCUGAAGGUGAACACCACUCUCACCACCCUCUGCCUCCAGGUGGCUUCGAUCGGGGUGAGCGGGGCCAAAGCCCUGGCAGAGGCCCUAGUUGUUAACAGAACCCUCACAACUCUGGACUUAAGAGGAAACUCCAUCGGUGUGGCUGGAGCCAAAGCUAUGGCCAACGCGCUGAAGGUUAACCGCAGUCUCCGCGUUCUGAACCUCCAGGAGAACUCCUUAGGCAUGGAUGGAGCUAUCUGCAUUGCCACAGCUCUGACCGGAAACCAUGGCCUCACCUACGUCAAUCUGCAGGGGAAUCGCAUCGGCCAGUCCGGCGCCAAGGUGAUCGCUGACGCCAUCAGAACAAACUCUCCGCGCUGCAUCGUCGAGAUGUGA